AUGGCUGAGCGCAAGACACCUCACCAACGCACGACGGCUUCGCGCCCCAAGCCCGGAAAUCACGUCGUGCCAUCUAAGCACCAAAGGAAAGCACGACCUGACUAUUGGUCAAAGCAUACGAACGCCAAAGAGUUUUCGCUUCGAGCACGCACAGUAUCAUCUCCGGCUGAGGUGGCUUUCGGCGCUCUGUUUGCAGCAUUGCCACUCGAACUCCGCGAAUUGAUAUUCUCUUUCCUGGUCGUCCAGCCUGUGAAGUGGGACAUGACACAUCGCCAUGACUGCCCACGAAGAACCUCAAAUGGAGAUUUAACACCGAAAAAGCCCAAGGAAAUGAUGUGCGCCAUGUGUGACGAGCCUUGGUGGACCGAGUGGCGGCACGGCGUGCAUCUGCAGUGGACAUCGCCCUGGCGCAGUCAGUGGGCUCCUGAGCAGCUUAACACAUUCGUUUGCAGCAGUUGCUACGAUUCGCGACAUAAACCUUUCCCGAGAACCGUCUCGCUGCCCUGCUUGUGCGCACGACGCACCAACCUACAGAUCUUCCUAGUAUGUCGACAAUGGCAUCAAGAAGCGGGUCAUGUAUUCUACACACGGAAUACCUUCGCAUUCGAAGACAGCAGCACUUUUAUCCACUUCAUCGACAAUCUGCCGCAACGCUGGAGGGAGCUUCUGACAAAGGUCAGCUUGAUGGCUCUCGUACGAUAUCCCACCGGAUUUCCCCAUGACACGUUUGUGCCGAACGCCAUAUUACAUGGAUUACAGGUCGCCGUUGAGUGGAACCGCUCCAGGCCUUUGUGGGGUCGCCUCCGAAAGCUUCCAAACCUGUCUCGCCUCGAGAUAGAUGCAAUCUACCUCACCAGAGUGGACACGAUCAAACGUAUGCACAGAGUCGGAGCACGAAAUUUGCGCUCCAUCACCUUUGUUGAACGACUGUCUGAGGUGGAUAACUCGUUUGGAAGCACGACUGUCUGGCCUGAGUUUGCGGGUCGUACAGCGAUGAGAGGCAAGUUCGAGAACUAUGUUGCGACCGUGAUCAAGGGGAUGCGGAAGCGACGCAGCGUCAAGAAAAAUACUGCGCUGAUCGGAGAAGGCUCGAAAGCUGUGCGUCAGAGCAUCGGAUUAACGUAUUUAUGA